AUGAGCAAAGCAGAGGAAGCGAAGAAAAAGCAGGAGGAUGCGCGGAAAGAAGAGGAGGAAAAAACGCGUAUGGAGCUUGUUCGCGCCCAGCUGCCCCCCCGCAAGAAAAAAUCCUUCUUCAACUGGGAGCGUCUCUCUCCCGAGACGACGGUCCUCCUUUUCUCCACCCCCGAGCAAGUUCAGCUGCUCAACGAAACGCUUCCUUUCCAAAUCGCCAACGUUACGAUGCAGGAGCACCACAUUGCGCCCAUUUCGUCGGUAGAUCGCGAGCUCCAAAACCAACUGCUGGCGAACUACACUCACGGCAUGAAGACGCUGCGCACCACCGUCGUCUUCGUGGACGACACACCCAUCACAGUCAACAACUCGCGACCGCGGCGCGGGCCCAUCUGCCAGCAAGAGCAGCGCGCGAUGCUCCUGUCGUUCAACCGUGUCUACCACAAGGAAGACGGCCAAGCGUACGCCACCUUCAACCUUCACAGCCCGUCUGUGGUCACCUUUCACAGAGAGCUCGAGGGCGAAUACAAUCUGAAGGCGCUGAAUCCCUUCAUGUGGACGAGCCACUUCCCCACAGAGAAGGAAUUUAUGCACUUCCGAGGUACCGCCAUUUGCUUGGCCAAGGGGUCCCCUAUGCAACUCCUCAAGGGCUGGCCGGUCACUGUCCCCGAGUACGAGGAUGGGCCGUGGCAGGCUCGCGUCAAAGUGCUGCGGGCCUUCGUCUCGGCGUCUGCGGACACGAAGAAGAAGAAUAUCUACGUCCUUCAGGCUACGCUACACGUGAUGCGCCAGCCCAAAGACGGCAUGUUCAAGCAGCAAAACCUCGACGUCAUUCCCUUCAUGGGCUACAUCACGAUUGCCGGCAACAAGAAACAUGAACAUCUCGAGGCCGCGAUCAUUCGCCACAAGCUGCUGAACAAGGUCUGCACUCUGCGGCGCGUGAUGGCGAAAAGCCAAGUCGAGCUCAAGUGCGACGACGUGGACGCCAAACUCGCCGAACUCCACGAAAUGAUGGACGAGCGCCCCGUGCUGCGCGAGACGUUCAAGAAGGUUGGCACCUUCGCAGGCGUCUCCAUGGCGACGUAUGGCAUUGCUCUUGUCAGCCACCUGCUCACCUCCAUUCACCGCGACCUCAUGAUUUUGCCGCAAGAAGGUCUGCUGCUUACGGGCACAGGCUUUGCAGUGGGCGCGCUGCUGUACCUGCUGAUUGCCGGGCCGGUCGUGGGCCUGCAGCGGUACAAGUGGCGCAGAGAAUUCAGCGGCAAGAAGAAGGAGUACCUGCAGAAGGUUGUGGACGACGAAAAUAUGCUUUCCUCCGCGUCGGCCCCGGUGGUGGAUAUGGUCUUUGUCGUGAACGAGUUGCAGCAUGCGGACGAAGAUGACGUGACGGCGACGGACGAAUUGAAGACGAUUGAGGCGGCCAGGCAGGAGCUCUCGCAGAACGUGGUGAACGGCACGGAGGAGCUUUCCCCGAUCGCGCAGAAAAUCCAAGACGUGCUCGAGCAGUACAGCUAUCUGAAUACCGUCGCACCCGCGUUCGAGGCCUUCACGAGAGUUUCACAGUUUGCGAAAAUGCAGCAAGAAGUGAAGACAGAAGCGAAAGCACUUCUAUCUUUCUUGAAGCGCGCAGCGUUGCGCAAACCCGAAAUCAUCGAAAUCGACAAAUACGGCAAACUCAAGCUGACCACGCGUCAGCUGGUCGGGGUCCACGCCUACCUCGGCAAAGAGAUGAGGGCAGACGCGGAGAGAAAUAUCGCUGUGACGCCCUUCUCAAGUAUUGAAAUUCUGAUUUCCCGCGAAAAGGGCGAGCUUCUACGCAAACGCAUCGCUGAACUCGAAGGCCAGAUCAGAGCGCAGGGAGGCAUUCCCACCGCUGUCGAGUCGGCAGACCCGGUGCGGGCUGCGAAACGCAGACUGCGGUGCCUCAGCGACAGCCGCGAUAAGCUCGAGGAGGCUAUGGAAAUUGUAGAGGGAAACUCUCAGCUGCAAGAACUCUUGUUUGCCGAGCAGCAGUACUUAAACGCCAAGAGCGUGCUCCGAACGGAUCGCAGGGUGUAUAUGGAUGACGAUCUGGGGAUCGCCAUUGAGGAAGUGGAUAAUUUGAAAGCGCGGCUUGAGGAAGUCCGCAACAGCGCGGGCGACAAACCGUCUCCGCUUCAAGAAGCAGAAAGGCAAGAAAUCAUGCAGAAAAUCCUCGCGUUGAAUGAGAAAAUCAAAACGAUCAUCCACCAAAUGCGGUUGUUCGGCUUCGAAGUCGAUAUUCGACGUGUUGUGGAACUCGAGAGCGAGUGA